AAAAACCUAAGAAAAAAUGACAGAGCUCCAUAAAUGGAGAUCUUAUUUAAAUCGGAGCAGCAGCUGACUCAUUAAAGGCCUCUCUAUCUCCUUUUCUUUACUCUGCCUUGUUCUUUUCCCCUGUCUCCCUACCUCCCAUGACAGUAGUCUGUGCUCGCUCUGGGCUCAGGCAGUGGGGGUGGAUUUGGGGACCAGAGACGAUGCCCAUCAUGACAGCCACCUCGCAAAUGUGCGAAGCAUCCUGUUGUAGGAGAUCAUCCUCCUUUGUUUGAACUGUCUGCAGGGGAGCCCAAGUGCCAGGACAGCCUCUCCUCCUGUCCCCGUAUCGCUUCUUUGGGAUCUCCUUCCCUCUAGCAAGCUGGAUGCUCCAGCAUCUCCUCCUUCCCCCUUUCCCCACCCUUCCCUCAAAAAAAGGGGGGUGGUGGUGAAGAAAGAGCUUUUUCCACGCAUUGAGGGAUUCUCUUGGGAGCUACCGCUAUUCCCCAGCCCUUUUCCUUGCUUGGAGGAUGGCAGCCCCCUCUCCCUCAGCUUAUUUGCUAUUUGCUCCUUGGUUUGGUGUCCCCCCUGCAUGAGCUGUCUGAAGGGGAUUGCUCUUCUUGUAUCCCACGGCCUCAUGCUCUUUUUCUUUCAUUGCCGUUCUGAACGCGGUGCUUGUUUAUGCGUUACCUGACUUUCUGCCUCUGUGUACCCCCUAGUUCUUGCCUCCCUUCUGCUGUUUGUCGUAGGACCUCGGUUUAGCGCUGCGGGCACCAUGUCAGCAGCAGAGGUUUGUGUGAGAGGAGUCCUGGCCAGGCCCUUUUCCAGGAGAAUCUCCCCCGGAGAUUGAAGGAUGGACCUGCAGCUCGCUUGCCCUGAUGGUAACCAGGAGCCAGCAGCAACUCCUGAUGCAAUGGUGCAGCCAUUCACCACAAUCCCAUUUCCGCCACCCCCACAGAACGGGAUUCCCACAGAGUACGGGGUGCCACACACUCAGGACUAUGCAGGCCAGACCAGCGAGCACAAUCUGACGCUCUACGGGAGCACGCAGCCGCACGGCGAGCAGAGCACGACCACAGCCAGCACGCAGAACGGAUCUCUCGCACAGACAGAAGGAGGGGCACAGACAGAUGGACAGCAAUCACAGACACAGAGCAGUGAGAACACCGAGAGCAAAUCCACUCCAAAGCGACUUCAUGUGUCUAACAUUCCCUUCCGCUUUCGAGAUCCUGACCUUCGACAGAUGUUUGGGCAAUUUGGCAAAAUCCUUGAUGUAGAGAUAAUCUUUAAUGAGCGCGGCUCCAAGGGAUUCGGGUUCGUAACUUUCGAGAAUAGUGCUGAUGCAGACAGGGCCAGGGAGAAAUUACACGGCACCGUGGUAGAGGGCCGUAAAAUCGAGGUUAACAACGCCACAGCACGAGUGAUGACCAAUAAGAAGAUGGUCACGCCAUAUGCAAAUGGUUGGAAGUUGAGUCCUGUGGUUGGAGCGGUGUACGGCCCUGAGUUAUAUGCAGCGUCCAGCUUUCAAGCAGAUGUCUCGCUGGGCAAUGACGCCGCAGUGCCCCUGUCAGGAAGGGGGGGUAUUAACACUUACAUUCCUUUAAUCAUUCCAGGCUUCCCCUAUCCAACUGCAGCCACCACAGCAGCCGCGUUUCGGGGAGCCCACCUGAGGGGCCGAGGAAGGACGGUUUAUGGGGCAGUCCGGGCAGUACCUCCUACAGCCAUCCCUGCCUACCCAGGAAUAGUCUUACAGGAACCAAUCAUUAGCGCUAAAAUACCUCAGGGUGGAUACGCAGCCUACAGAUAUGCACAGCCUGCUACUGCAACAGCAGCCACGGCCGCUGCAGCCGCUGCAGCAGCUUACAGCGAUGGUUAUGGCAGGGUGUACACAGCAGAUCCUUACCAUGCCCUUGCCCCUGCCGCUAGCUACGGAGUUGGCGCUGUGGCGAGUUUAUACCGAGGUGGCUACAGCCGAUUUGCCCCCUACUGAAGUGACGUGAGCCCCCUGCAAGUGGGACAGCCCCCCCAGUUCAUGAGGCCUGGCUAUUGCAAUAUUUACUAGUAGAGGAACUCUAUAGCAAGACGAGGAGGAAAAACAAAAACAAAAGAGAAUACUUUUUUAUACCUCACUAUGUUCUUUGAAUAUGUAUUUUUUUUUUCCUUUAAAUUUCUGCCUUUAAUUCUUUUGUUCCAAAGAUUGUGCUUUUUUUUUUUCUUUUUUUUUUUUUUUUCCGGAUUUUUUUGUUUGGUUGCUUUUUUUUUUUUUUUUUUUGUUCUGUUUUUUUUUUGUUUUGUUUUGUUUUUUUAAUUUUAACUGUGGUAAAAAAAAAAAAAAAAGAAAAAAAAAAGAAAAAAAAAGAUAAUGCAUUUCCGUGUGUGUAUGUUGGUGCAUAGCUUAUCCUACCAAUCACGGAAAAGGCGAUUAGCGAUAAGGAAAGCUGUUAGAAACUGCUAUUAAUCAGGAACACGCAGGCAGAGUUACUGCCCUGGGACUGGUGCUCAGUGCCCAGGAGGCGGGAGGACGUGAGGGAGAAGUCUCCACCUGCCGUGUUUCUGCUCUGCAGAAGGAAGCGCUCUUUGGCUGUGGCUGGGACCUUACUGCUGGUGGGAGAUUUUGCAUAUGGAGAAGGGGGAAAUGCGGAGACUUCCCUCCUCUUUUUUUUUUUUAAUCAGCACCCGACGACGCGCACGGGUUUGGGACAGUUGCAGCAGUGUCAGAAUUUUAGACUCGGCGAGAGAAGAUUUCCUCAACCUGCCCAAAGACUUUGGCUGUUACCGCUGCACAGGGGACAAGACUUUGGAAGGAGUUUUUGAGCAGGAGGAUCCUUCCCUCCCGCACACACAACUUACUCUAGCUGAUCGUUGUCCAUUGCUGGUGGCUGUAACUCUCUUAGUUUUCCAUCCUCCUUUUCGAGACCCUUCUCCCUUGCUGUCCCUUUGCUCCCUCUCUUCCUCGAGGAGCGGCUGAAGCAGUGCAGCAUCACACAGAACCUCUGCUGCGGACAGCAAGCGGUUCCAGCUGAGUGCAGCCGUGACGAUGAAGAAAGCUGUGGCUGAAGAAGCGUGCAUCAGUGCUGACAUCCAGCCGGCGAGGUCUCUCCUUCUGCUCAUCCUGAGCUGCUUAGACACUGCAGCGAGCAAUCAGUUUCAAGUAACGUGAAUGAGGAAAAGCAAGUCAGUGUAUAAGCUGCUGAGGUGAGGGGCAUAUGCACGUGGGUUUGUCUGGGGGAAGAGCGUCCUUUAUGUUCAAACGUGAUCCUGGUUUUGUUUCGGUCAGGAGUUUGGGAGGAGGCAGAAGCAGUUUGUACAAGCUCUGAAUUCAUAGGAACUUCCCACCACAAGCUAUGUAUCCAAGGCCCUUUCAGUCACAUUGGAGCCCUGGGUCCGUUCUGCCUAGCCUCCCAUAGAAAGUUGCACACCUGGGCUGCUGGGUCCAUAACGACACUACAUAAGACAAGAUUUGGAAGCGGAGAGCCCGCUCGGGGUACAGCUCUGUGACUCCCCCAGCACUGUCUCCCUUCUCUCCCCAGCAGCGAUUUGGCUGGACCACGAGGUUGGCGUUCUUGGCUGACCUCCAUCCUAGGUUCCCAGCAGCCCCGGUGCUCAGAGGGAAGUGCUUUUACACCAUCCCUAAGCUGGGUUAGAGAAGCGUGGUUUCACUGAGCUGCCUCAACUCUUGCUUCUUGGAAGGACUUCUUGGAGCAUGGGUUUGUUGGUGGACUCUCUCCUACUCCUGCCAUACCCUUGCUUCUCCACCCACUGCUGAUAGCAGAAUAGGAAACCUCCUGCAUUUAACACUAAGCAAUGUCUACAAGCUGGGCUCCUGGGAAGGUGUCCUGGCCCAGCCAUGCACAGCCAUGCAUUCUUUGCUCUCCCCCAGUGAAACGCAGCCUCUCUGGGUGCAGCAGAGGGGAAGAAUGGGGAGGCCGUUGGUUAAGCUAGAGACCCUGAAGCUAUUGAUUCUCUGGAGGAAUAGCUAGAAAAAGGGGACACCAAACUGCCAGCCUGUUGGCCACCUUUUGCUGUUUUGUUUUGUUUUGUUUUGUUUUGUUUUCCUGGUUUUAUUGUUGGUUUUUAAUUUUUUUUUUUCCAAGCCAAAGUUUGGUUUGUUGCUGUUGUGACUAUUUUUUUUUUUGUUUGUUUGUAUAUAAAUAUUUUAGUUAGAUUGAAAAAACGGGGAGGGGGGCACAGGGUGUUGGGGCUUUCACAAAAACUAGGAAAUGAGAGGGAAUCGGGGCUCCUGGGGGCUCUUGUUGGAGCUGCAGGGGGCUCUGUGGUAGGAGCAGUGUGAGGGGAACCGUGCCCACUGGGGGGCUCACACCCCUCUGCCCCUUCCCUGCAGUUCAGCUCAGUUGGUUCUCACCCACUGCCAACUCUUCCUCUCGGGCACAGGAGGCCGGCCCCAUUUCUGCCUCCCAGCAGAGUCUAUGCACGGCAGCUUCAGCCUACCCGCGUCUGUUGAGAGGCCAGGGGGCUUCGUUGUGGUGCCCCGCUGUAUGAUCUCCAAGUAAAACCUGCUCCAGAGCAUCCCGGUUCUCCUGCUUCCAUCGCUCCCCACCAGGCUCCCAAAGUCUGAAACGUUGCAGUGAGCAGCGGGAGUGCUGAGCUCCCCUUUGGCAAACAGCAGGUGUGGUUUUGCUUGGAUCCUAAUGAGGUGCGUUCAGAGCAGCCAAGCCUUGGCUAUACUGUCUUCUGGAGGAGUGAGGACAGAGCCUAUAUCUCCCUAUGCAAAAUGAGUUGCUCUUAAUGAGUUUAACUGGGUCCUGGCUUGUCUGGCAGACAGCAGCUAACAUUGUCCCUGAGGAGGCUCUGCAGGCGAGUCCCCAGGGCUUGGCUUUCACAGGGGCAGCACGGGCUGGCACAGAGCUUGCUGCUGUCACCUCUUGUCCGGUGGCACCCAAGGGUUCCUCUUGGUGCAGAGGAAGGGAAGUUCCUCUGAGUGUUGCUGUCUUUUUUUGUCUUAUAGCAGAUCUGGCCAGUGCACCAUGUUAUACCGAUACAGUUUUGAGUUGAUGAGCUCCUUUUUUUUCUAUAGUGUGCCGGUCUGUCUUUCCUUGAGGGUGUAGUUGUGCUGGUAUACAGCUGAAUUCUACUGGCGUAGCACACUCUCUACUGGGAAUAGGUCUCAUCGGUGCCUGGUGUGCAGCGUAAACCUCCCCCUAUUACCAGCUGCUAGGAAAAGCUUUAGGAAAAGCUGUGCUGGGAGCUGAGCCAGCGGGGAGCUCACCCAGGUCUGGGUGGAUCCAGUGAGGGGUUCAGAGAGACAAAGCCAUGUUUUGAAGUAGCCUGAGGGAGAGCAGGCUGGCCCAGCGAGGGCUUGUUGCGGAGACCUGUGGUUCAGUCAGCGCUCUGUCAGUGACCUUCACAUCACUGCCCUAGGCUUGCUUUCCCAUCCCUAAUGCACAGGUAAUAGUUUAUCCCCCGUUCUCACCCAUUUUAUCUGUGGAAGCGUGCAACACGAGGGCUGUCAGAGUACCAGGCUCAGGUGUAGCUGCGGUACCGUUGGUGCCACCAUCUCAUCGCCCGCCCUUCUCAUCCUGGAAAGAGAUGUGGGCUGCUGGCUGGUGUAGAGAGCUCCUGAAGCGGGGAGUGCAGAGCCCCCCCCCCGCUGGUUCCUACCCGCAUACAUCCCCAGCCCUUCCCUGUCUGCAUCCCAGCUCAGCCCCAAAGCAGGAGAUGGGCGGAGUGUUGGAAACUUAUCAAAGGGAAACCACCGCAGGCUCUGGGUCCGGCUCCGCAGGGGAAGCGUGUGGGAGCUGCAGCCCUUGGUGCAGAGGGUGAUGGUUGAAGCGUGUUACCUGUUUGCACUGUUUUAAUAUAGGAGUGGGGGGGAAAUGAAACCAACCCAACCUAGUGAAUGCGAUGAGCAUCCGAUGUAAACUUCUUUGUGUUUUUCUUUUGUCAUGCUCUUGGAAAAUGUCAAACAUUUUGUAGUAUGCACCAGUGAGACUUGAUUCUUUGUUGCAUAAAACACUAUUUUCGGUGAUGUUAAUGUCUGACGAGCCCCUUCCCUCCACCCCACUUUACUGGUUGCCCUUUCUAGCCUCAAACUUUGGUCAGACCUUUCUUCUGCAACAACUCCAGUCCCCAAGGCGAGCAGGAGGCCAACGGCCAGCGUGUGAAAUGGGGCCCUACUCAAGCAGGCUCAGGGCUUUUCCCCAGUACGUGUUCCUCUAGCAGAACUCAGCAGGAUGGCCCCCCUCCCUCCCCAGCGUGCAUGGAGGGAUGUCUGGGUCCUGUCCCCGCUGCCGACUCAACGUUGGGAAGCACUACCAGUCAUCAUCCCCUGGGUACUGGGCUGUGCCUGUUGGCAAGCCAGAAUCCUUACCUGAUUCACCAGGAGCCUGCUGGUGUUUGAAGCCGUCCAUCCCAACGUUCAUUUGGCUGGCAGUUGGUAAAAUGCCACUUCAUAUCCCACCCCCAUCCCACCCCCUGCUUUUUUUUUUUUUUCCUGGACUGGGUCAAUGAGAAAUCUUGUACCAGGCUCCCAGUUCUCUGCUGCUGGAGGGGCUCGUUGCUUCCCCAAGGAAUGGGGUUCCUUGCAGCAUUCAGGCCUCCUGCAGGAGCAGCCUCAGUUGUGGUCAUGUUUUCCUAUGAUUUUGUUUGUUUGUUUGUUUGAUCACAGUAUUUUGUGUGCGUGUUGUAGUUUUGGCAGCUUGGAUUUGGCUGCGUUACCAUGUGACGAAAUAAUCCUCUUUUACCCCAGGGGAUGUGAUUUGGUUUGGGGCUUUUUUUUUUUUUUUUCUUCUUUUUCUGUUUUGUUUGGGAUUUUUUUUUUUCUUUUUCUUUUCCUACGAUAGAAUCCUGCUUGUAAAUAAGCUGGAGCUCAAACUUGGGGCCCGCAGCCUCAAAGCGGGGCCGCAGAGCGAUGCCGGCUGGCGGAGCGUGGCUCUGACCCCCCAGGCCGACCUGCUGAAGAGCCGGAGGGUUCCCCUGCGAGGCCGAGAUGCCGCAGCACCUCCCGGGGCAGCGACGGAGUCGCCCCUCCCCACGGCCCCCCCAGCACCUCCCAUUGCCAGGUACCACUGGGGAGCGGGACGUGCCCCCACGGACGCGGCCCUUUCCCCUGGCUCAUUUCCUAGGACGCCCGAGCCGCUUGCCCAGGGUCCCAUUUCCCCGCUGACUCUGGAGAAGCAGCAGCUGCAUCCCAGGGCUUUGUGACAGCCUCUUGACUUCCCACCCUCCCUCGUUAAGUAUCAUAUUGUAUAGUAGCUUUCAGACCAUACAGUAUUCAUUGGGUUAUUCCUAUAAUUAUCAAGUAGCUGGAAUUGUGAAGGUCGGAGUAGUUAGAUCUUUAGCUUUUAUUCCUUUUUUUUGUAUUACUAUCCAUGUGUAUAAAUUAUUGAUCAUGUUGCUGGCUUUUAUAAACUCUAAGCAAGGGGGGAAACCCUUCCUAACCCUUUGCAAAUGGUAAUGAAGCACUGUUUUUAAAUAAAAGAGAGAAACACCA